AUUUGUUUGGAAUGUGAGAAAAAACCCGGAUGUUGUCAUUGGUUUCAAUAUGGCUGACAAAAUGUCAUGUAUUGACUUUUGGAAAAUAUUAGCGUAAUGCUUGCAUAUCAUCUUGGCAAGAUAUUCACAAAAUUCCCAGUAACAAUUAUAAACCAGACUUUUUUCUAUUGACUGAAUAAAGGAAUACCAUCAUGUCUGAAGUUGAGUCUGAGGAAGUGAAAGAUAGGUUUACACCUCAACACCCGCUCCCUGAAGCAAUACAGAAAAUGGAUCGAGAUGAAACCGUAUGCAGAUACUGUGGUGUGAGUUACUUAAUACACAGUGAGAUAAAAGCUUUAGAAAAGAAAUUAAAGGCAUUGGAGAAGGAACUAGAGCAUCAUGGUGGCUGUGAGGAGAGGGAAAAUAAACUGAAAGAAGAGUUGCAAGUUUUACAAGAUCAGCGGGGAGAGUUUGAGAUGAAUUUAACUGUUAAAGAUGCUGCUAUUUCUACACUUACAAACAACCUCAAGAACUCUGAAGCCACCUGUGAACGACUACGCAACGAGAAAGACGAUGUUGUAGAGAGAUUACAUAAAGUAGAGAACACAAACAAAACACUCAAAGAAAGAAACAAUCACCUUGAAAGAACGUUACCCAACUUGAAGUCUGCUCUACAUGCACAAAAGAUGUCUCUCAAUGAAAUUCACUUAUUUAUGGAGCAACGAGAUGCCCAGAUGAAAGAGGAAUUAAGUAUACUGUUGUCACAUGUUAGGUCUACGUGUGAGAAUGAAAUUAAAGAAAAAGAAGAGUUACAACAGAAAAUCUCUGAACUACAGUCGAGCUGGGGUAGCGCUACGUCAGAGACAGAGGAUAUGAAGAAACAACUUGCCAGACAGGAGCAGCAGAUACUGCAGUUAGAUAAACUCUUCCAGGAAAAUAAACAACUACAGCAAAAGUGUGCAGCACUAGAGACAGCUCAAGCAGAAGUCAAAACUCUUCAGAACAGGCUCUCUAAACUAAAGCUUGUUAAAGAAGAAAACAAAAACCUUCAUGAAAAGUGCGCAGCUUUGGAGAAUGUUCAAGCAGAAAACAAAAGCCUUCAUGAGAAGUGCACUGUAUUGGAAACCGUACAAGCAGAAAAUAAAGUCCUCCAGGAAAAGUGUUCCGAACUAGUAGAAAUGAGAGAUAAUUUAAGGCGGGAAUUAGAAGAAUCUGUCGAGAAAUGUCGUCAGCUACAGAUGGAGACACAUCAGUUCAAAGAACAGUUCAAAAGUAAAAGUAGUGAAAUGGAGGAGGUGGCAGCAGUUCAGAGACGUAAAGAAAUGGCCAUGGAAAUGACUACACAAAAAUUAAAAUCUGAUUUAAAGCAGAGGGAAUCAGAUCUACUUGGUGCUAAAAGAGAUCUGAAAGAACUACAGAUCAAGUUUGAUCAACAUCAGCAAAUGGAGGCAGAUCUCAACAGAAAAACUUCAAAAACAUUAAAUGAAACUAAAGACUUAAAAGAAUCUUUCUUCAAAGCCAAAGAAGAAAUUGAGCAUCUCAAAGAAGAGAGGGAAGCAAUGAUAACCUCACACCAGAACAGAAUAGAACAACUUAGAGAAAGUUUUAAAGAAAAAUUAUCUGAAGCUGAUAACUGGCAGGAAAAGUUGGAAGCAGCAAUACAAGCAGAGAAACAGAGACAUGCCCGGGAGUUACAGGACCUGGAGACAAGGCUUAAAGAGAGCUUUGUUAUGGAGCUGGAGAUAGAGAAGGGAAAGUACAGAGAACUCAUGAAAAAAUACCAAACAGGAAGUCAGGAAACAGAGGAAAAGUUAAGAGCUCAACUUCAGUCAAUAGAAAGUCGGUACAAGGCAGAAAUAGAAGAUCUGAAUGAAUUGUUGGCGGAAAACCGAAGAAAAUCUAAGGAGAUGGAGGAUGAACUAAGAAAAGAAAUCGCAAGUUUAAAAUCCAUCAUCAAAGAUUUAGAAGCCAGACUUGCCAGGUUAGAUGUUGGAAAUGAGGACCUAGUCAUAAAAUUGAAAACGCAGCUUAGAGAGACACAUCAGGAACUGGAAGAUACGAGGCAAAUACUAGAUAAACAGACAAAGGCGGGUGAUGUCUUUCAAGAAGAGAUAAAGAAUCUACAAGAAACUGUUCAGAAAGAGUGUGAAGAGAGAUUUGAACUUACUGAAGCUCUGAGUGCUGCAAAAGAGGAGCUCUUACAGCUAAAAAAACCUGCAGGAAAUCAAUCACAAAAUAGUGGAGGAUAUAUAAGUGGAACUCCACGUCAGCUUACAAAUAUGUCGCUACCGUCUGAUGAACCUCAGCAGUCCAAUUCAAGUACCCGCAGGAGUGUUUCGGAACCACAGCCUUUGAUAAGUAACAGACCAAUUACAUCAAAGCCUCAUACAUAUGGGGGUGGAAUAAAACGUGAAUAUACUAUAACGAAUAGUAAUACAAUGGUAUUCAUGGGAGAUAGUGCAGGGGGCACAAGGGCCGUUGGCGGAAGUACAAAAAGAACUGGUGGCUCUUUAGCAGAAAAUAGACGUAGAAUUGCGGCCAUACUUGGUCGCAAAUGAUGAAAAAAGAGAUUUAGUUGUGUUAGGUGAUAUUAAAUAUUUGUGUCAUACUCAAUUUUCAUAUGGUGCAAAAAUACAUGGAGAAAACCGGUGGACAAAAAACGUGCAAGAAGAAUCAAGGAAUGGAAAAGUCGUGUUUAUAAGAUAAUGAUAGUGAUAGUGUAUUUUCUCUGAAUCUUACAACUAACGUGAAUUGUGAUAAUUUAGCAACAAAUGAUCUGAUAAAAAGUACCUAGCAAAGGUACCAUUUGGAUGACAUGAGGUGUUUACAGUACAAAUCUGGCAGGUGUCAUAAUGCAAGUACAUUAAUUCACCAUUUGCUCAAGGUCACUAGAGGGUUAGCAAAUAUUCUUGUGUUACCACAGGUUUUGAGGGAUCUUAAAUAGAAAAUAUCAGGACAAUUUUGACUGCAGAUUAUAUAAACCGCUCGAGUUACAGCCCUUAAGUAUUUAGGCAGUUGAUGCUCAAAUUUGCAGUGUUUUGCUGUAAUGCAGAUGUUAUCUAAUAUGAAAUAACUGUAUUUUAGGUAUCAUGCAGCUGUUGAACUUUAGACUUCCAUUGAUUUCUGUUGUAGUAGUAUUGCAGGAAAUGGUGUAAUUUUUGGUGAUUGAAAAAAUAAAUCACAAGCUUCUCUUUUACUGAAAACAAAGAUUCAUCUUCCAGAUUUAUUGAAAUGAUUAUUUGAAACAGUUGUAAUCUCAUAUGGCUUUUAUAUUUAUUUUGUUUACUGUAAAUGCUGUAAAUAUGAAAAAUUUGCAUUUUGCAAUAGUUCUGGAUUUUUCUCCCAGAAAUUACCCAAUACUUACAUGACUGAAUUUUAUCCAAAGUAUUAAAUCAAAUAUCACUGAAAUUAUUAUAGAAUUUACUGUUGUAAUAAUAUUGCUAAAAUAUUCUGACUCCUCUUUUUGGAAUAUAAGAAUAACAUGUUAAGCUGUGCAAUGUUCUAUAAUGUGCAGCAAAUAUCUUGGUCAGGGCUGGCUUUCCAUACUUCUGGAACAGUGUCAAAGGUCAAGGAAGGUGUGCAUUUAUUUUUACAGCAGUCAGGCUGAUGAAUAUUUAAAGGGUUUUCAAGUUUUUGCAAAAGUCUUUCUUGAAUUUCUGCCAAAAGUUUGCAGUAUGAUUUUGUAUUUACCACUGAAAAAGUAGAUGUAUUGUAAUUGAGAAAAGUGGCCAUUGUUAUCAUGUUGGGAUUUUUUAAUUACUAAAAAAUAUUUUUAUGGAUAUUUUAUAUUAUGAAGGAGUCCAUGACUCAAAAGUAAAAGACACAGGGACCAGACUUUUACCAUUAGGAUUAGCUAAGAUAUUGUAAUUUUUUUAAUCCCAGGCCCUUAAGUCAGAAAGUGUAAUAGAUAUGACUAAGCUUUCAAACUUUACACGAUGAGUUAAACAACAAAUGCAGAGGAUUGUUUUAGGGUCAUUAUACUAAGCAUUGAAGAUCAAGCUCAUGGUUACUUUGAGACUGAAAGUGGUUAAAAGCUGAGACUGGCGAACUUUACGCUAUCACAUAAUUCCUUAUUGUGUCCGAGGUCAGUGACUCAUUAAUCAGAAUGACAAGGACACCUACACCCACUCACACCACCAACAUUUCAAUACAGUCUCUUAAAAUUGUUUGUCUCUCAUUCCCAUUCCUUGCCCCAACCCCACAAACGCACAUUAGCUGACAAGUCUGGUUCCUUUUUUUUACAGGCAUUAUCUAUUCAAAUUACAAACUUUCUUAUGUUGUCCCAUUAGACAAAGCACUAUAAUGUUUCAGUUUAUAUUUGAGCUGCACCAUGAGAAAACCAACAUAUUGCAUUUGUAACCAGCAUGGAUCCAGACCAGCCUGCGAAUCUGUGCAGUCUGAUCAAGGUCCAUGCUGUUCACUUUCAAAGCCUAUUGCAAUUAGAAAAACUGUUAGCGAACAGCAUGGAUGUGCAGGCAUGUCUGGAUCUAUGCUGGGUGCAAAUGCACUAUGUUGGUUUUCUCGUGGUGUAGAUUUUAAUUUAGAGCUGACAAUUGUAUUUUACCAAUAAUUUGAUUUAGUUUUUUCCUCGUGCAUAUAUACAUAUAUGUACACUCUGUAAGACAUUGUAAAACAUUAUCACUUGCAGUGCAGUGAAAUAGAUGUUAGAUCUACAUAGACCUAAAUGAUGGGGGCGACCACAUUUUUGGAACCAAUUAUGCACAAGUAUAAAAUAUGUAUUUGCCAAUAUAUUGUUGCUCUUGAUAUAUUUUAGAUAGAUUUAUCUACUCUUAGUUGUGUAGUUUUAUACUCUAGAAGAUUUCAUUUGUAAGAAGUUUCACCACUGUAUUAAAAUGAGAUGCUCCAUGAGAAAACCAACAUAGGGGGUUUGCGACCAGCAUGGAUCCAGACGAGCCUGCACAUCCAUGCAGUCUGGUCAGGAUCCAUGCUGUUCGCUAACAGUUUCUCCAAUUCAAGUAGGCUUUAAAAGCAAACAGCAUGGAUCCUGCUGGUCGCAAACCCACUAUGUUGGUUUUCUCAUGGCGCGGCUCAAAUGCCUGUUGACAUGUCUAGGAAUGGAGUUAUAGACAACUGGAAAUAGAAUGAUAGCAUCCACUGAAAAUUUGAAUUUCUUUUUGUUUAAAAUUGUCUUGUUUUUAAAAAGAAAAAUUGGCUUUAGCCCAUGACAAGAUGUUAUUUUAAGAAGUUGAUUUUCAGUUUUGGUUUCUCAUGGUGUGGCUUUUAAAAUCAACAAAAAAUCACUGUAUGCAAACUACUCAUAUAUGUUCAGUUACAGUCUUUUGUAUAAUAACAAAAUAGUGUAAAAAAAUCAAGUCAAAAAUCAUAUACCUCAAUCUAUGUUUUACUGUAAGAAGUUUAAGUUCUGUAUUAUUGCAAUGACAGGUCGGUUGUGACCAGGAAGCAAUAUAUUUGUGUUUGUUCCAUUUUGUAUGUUUAUCAGUGUACAUUUUUUGUACUUCAAACUCUUUUUUGAUAAGUUUCUUAAGACAACAUUUUAAUCUCUAAGAGAUUUGUUUAUGGAAAUUUUCCUUAUUUAUGAGAUAUUUUUAGUUAAUCUCUAUGGAGUAAUAAUAAUGAAGAGCUGUCCUACUAUCCUAGGGGGUCUCUGUGGCAGAACUGACUUCAAGUCACCUGCCGAAAGUGCUCAGGGUGAUCUAUUGUGAUUGCUCAAGUUACGUUCGGCGUCCAUUUGUCUGUCCACACUUUCACUUUAACAACAUCUCCUCCUUAACUACUAGGCCGGUUUUGAUGAUACUUCAUAUGGAUGUGCCCCAUGUGGUUCUGGGACGAUCUGUGUAUGAGAAGAAUUGGAACCACUGCCUUACCCUUGCAUGAUCGUAAGAGGCCACUAAUAGGGUCUUAACACUUGGUUUUGCAGUAACUCUGUAAUUUCAGCAGGUGUGCAGAAUUUGAUUUCAUACAUCAUGUUUUUAUUUCGAUGUAAAAGAUAUGUGGAACCAAAAUUUGUAGCCCUGUUUGGCGCCAUAUAACCUAUAUUGUGUUGGUGUGCCGUAAAACCCAAAUAAAUAAAUCAUACGGAUGUUUCUUGGAUGAUUUUCUUUAAACUUUAUUCAAGUCUUGAAUUCCAUACAGAACACUUGUUGCCAUGGCAACCGAAAUGAAAAACUAAAAAAAUCUUCUUGCCCAAAAUUGCUAUGUGUAGAGCUUCCAUAUAUGGCAUGUGACAUCAUACAAUCAUCGUUGAGAAGAUUAUUCAAAUUAUGCCCCUGGGGUGAAAAGAGGCCCAGCCCGGGGGAAUGGGUCACAAGUUUUACAUAGACUUAUAUUAUAGCAGAAAACUUCUUGCCUGAAACCACAAGACUAGGCCUUUGAUAUUUGGUAUGUAGCAUUUCCUUGUGGUCCUCUACCAAGAUUGUUCAAAUUAUUACCCUGGGGUGAAAAGAGCUUCCCCCCUACUUGGGGGUCCCAAGUUUUACAUAGAAGAUUUAAAAAAUCUUCUUGUCUCAUAUUGCAAGACCUUUGUAAGCCUUUUGAUAUUUGGUAUGUUGCAUUGCAUAGUGAUCCUCUGCCAAGAUUGUUCUAAUUAUGCACCUGAGAUGAAAAGAGGUCCUGCCUCGGGGGUCACUUGUUACAUGAGUUAUAUAGUAAAAUUUUUUCAAAAAUUACUUACGGUAACCAUAUUUCCUAGACUGUUUAAUUAUAGUAACCUGUUGACCCCAAGUAAUUAGGGGUCACUUGACUUUAACUUUGAUCUACUGACCUACUUUUUUUCUAAGAUACAGCUUUGAAAUUUGAAUGACAUAUACAGUUUUGCACACCGAUCUUAAAACUGACUUUUCAGUGACCAUGAAUAGGACCUAGUGACCUACUUUCUUGAUAUUUAAGCAUUAGUUUGACAUUUGAAACAAGUAGCUCAUAUUACUCAGGUAAUUGGAGCAGUCCGGGGUCAUUAUGACCCUCUUGUUUAUAUGUUUCCAGUGCGCUUUUUAAAUGUGUCUUAAAGCCGGUAUGGCUUGAUUUGGGUCAGUAUUUUGUGCAGAAUAUUGUGAAAUCAUUCAAUUUCAUGGGCAGUACCACAGCCACAAAAACCACAAAAAAUAGUCCCCCAUGAAUAUUUAUGAUUUCACAGUAUUUGCAUUACAUGUUUCAUCCAGCUAACUUUGUGAUCAUCUUUAUCAUAUUGUUUUCGAUUUACAACUCUCUGUGAUUAUUUGAAAUUGCAGAAUUUUGAAAGUGAACAAGAAUUUGUUUAUGAAUUGUUGAGUAAAUUACUACUUAAAAUGUGAUAAAAUAUUAUUGAAUUUGU